AUUGAAUUACAAUUUUUGGUUUCAACCCUCGAAGCUGUUGACUUGAGGGCAUCGCCGGGAAAUGGAUAUCAAGACGAAUCUCGUUGAAUGGAUGGAACUGUUGAAUGACAUGCUUCAAUUCCUGGAUGCAACCGCAGUUGCAGAAAUGCGCUCCCAGAAGGCAAUAAACGGAACCCAACGACGACACCCACAAUGUGCUGACUUGAAAUGCGAGCAAAAAUGUGAUUGGUGUCUCCAAGCGGGUGGUGAGCCCUGGAUGGCCACUCCUGGGACCGACGAGGGCGAUGGUGAACGAGGGGGAAACGACCGACAAGAGAGUGCCGAGUACAUGAAUAUUGUCAAUAAAAUAGAUGAAUCUCGCUAUACGUUGAUACACAAAUGCAAUGCGGUGCUUAGAAAGCUACAUGAGUGGAUGUCGUCGGCGUCGACGUCUCUGCUGACGAAGAAAGAAUUAGAAGAAGAGGAGGAAAACUCAUAUCUAGAUAUGGGUGGUGUGGGACAUAAAAAUGAUAUUAAUUUAACCCAGCCGUCAGAUAAGAUUGACUCUUGUGAAAAAUUCGAAAGCAACGAUGCUGACAUACUCGUGGAAGUAGAGCCUUCCGGCGACAAUGGCAAGAACGAGGAAGAACUCAAUAUGGAAGAAAAUUGCUAUGACUUUACAACCGAUAGAUGCCUGUACGAUGAUUACUCUUCCGACAUCAAAUUGAAUAACGUUGCGUGCGUAAUCCCAGUGGAUGAAGAUGAUAGCAAGUGUCCCUUUAGUGGCUUACCAGCAGCCCAUCUACGCAUAAAACAAUCGCCCAAGUACGGGACCCUAUUCAGGCACGAGAAGCGAUUGUUCUUUGAUCAAACGAAGAAGUUUUAUGUCGGUCUGCUCGAUCGAUGGCUUCUGUUGUACAACAAUAGUAACGAACUGAAACCGGCACACUGCAUUCACGUCAAGGACAUAAAGCUAGACCUCAAUCUGAACGAUCAAAUCAAUGAAAAGAACCAGUUCCACAUAAUCACGCAGAGCGAUAUGAAGAUUUGCUUCCUUUCACCCAGCUUCAUGGAACUCAAUGAGUGGAUUGUGGCACUUGAGCAAAAUUUACUGACUAAAACCGAAAGCAUACCACCAAACAACAGUCCCCGGAAGCUACCACUUCCUCCAACGCCGGACGAACAACCCGAUAACAGCUGUUUGACUCGAAACGACCACGUCGAUAGCAUCUACGAAGAGCCUCAGCUUUUGCACAAACAGCGAGAACUUGUGGAAGAGCUACAGAACGACUAUGACACUCCGAAACCAGCCAGCGUCGAUGUUUGUCACCAGAACCAAAGUCAACAGCACACGAAAACAAGCCCAACUAAAAUAAUUAAUGAUGCUCUGAUUUCUCCAACCAGAGCAAACAAGUAUGAACCAAUUAGAAAUACCGUUGGGCCAACUGUUGCGACUAACGUUUCCGCUUCCCCGACAACGCCGACGACAACACCAGUUAAAAGUUGGCUCUUUAAUCGUUUCCAUAAAUCACCAUCCUCCUCGGAUGGCGGCGAACAGCAGAAGCACACUCGGAAGGUGUCGGCCAAGAAGCUCUCCUUCCCACAGCAGGAACCCUGGCCAGGAACAAGGCUGCCACAAGCACCACAUCACCUACCAGAUGUGAUUGGAAAACCACCCAAUGCGACCAAAACUAGUUCCAGUACGGUCCCGUCGGCGUCGGGUAAGGGGACGAAAAUAAAUAUGAUAAUUAGUCAACUGGAGGCCAACGGUCAAUUGAGCCUGCUGUCGAAAAGUUUAAACGGCCCGACCAAGCGGAACACGUGGUGCGUAGAAGAGUAGCUAGUAGCAAGCCGAGGAAAAGGAUAAGGAAGUGUAGUGUUGCCAUGGGUGCCAUGUAUGAGUGUGAUUUUCUGGGUAAUAAAUCCAAAGUGGACAGAGAGA